AUGUCGCAAGUUCAAGAACAACACAUAUCAGAGUCGCAGCUGCAGUACGGCAACGCUUCGUUGAUGUCUACUGUACCAGCAGACCCUUCUCAGUCCAUAGGUAAUGGAAACGGCAGCGAUGGCAUCGCUGCCACCGAUGCCUCCGCCGAUGGAGGCGGCUCGCAAGAGCAAGAGCAAGUGCAGGGCGAAGUGGAGGAGGAAGAGGACGAUGAGUCUGCCUUGGGUUCGUUUGUGCCUAUAGAAAAGUUACAGGUGAAUGGGAUCACCGCAGCAGAUGUGAAAAAACUAAGAGAGAGCGGGCUACAUACCGCUGAAGCGGUGGCAUAUGCUCCCAGAAAGGCUUUGCUGGAGAUCAAAGGUAUAUCCGAGGCAAAAGCUGACAAGUUGCUGAACGAAGCCGCUAGGCUGGUGCCCAUGGGGUUUGUCACAGCAGCGGAUUUCCACCUGAGAAGAUCGGAGUUGAUUUGCUUGACGUCCGGUUCUAAGAAUCUGGACACCCUCUUGGGCGGUGGUGUAGAAACGGGUUCUAUCACUGAGCUGUUUGGUGAAUUCAGAACAGGUAAGUCACAACUAUGUCACACUUUAGCAGUCACCUGCCAAAUUCCAUUGGACAUUGGUGGCGGUGAGGGCAAGUGUUUGUAUAUCGACACAGAAGGCACUUUCAGACCCGUGAGGUUGGUGUCCAUUGCUCAAAGGUUCGGGUUGGAUCCGGACGAUGCCCUAAACAACGUCGCCUAUGCAAGAGCGUACAACGCUGACCAUCAGUUGAGGCUCCUGGACGCUGCAGCUCAAAUGAUGAGCGAGUCCCGGUUCUCCUUGAUUGUGGUGGACUCCGUCAUGGCCCUUUACAGAACAGACUUUUCAGGCCGUGGUGAGUUGAGUGCAAGACAAAUGCAUCUGGCUAAAUUCAUGCGUGCCUUGCAAAGACUAGCUGACCAAUUCGGUGUUGCUGUCGUCAUCACCAACCAAGUUGUCGCCCAAGUUGAUGGUGGCAUGUCUUUCAACCCAGACCCGAAAAAGCCGAUCGGUGGUAACAUCAUGGCCCAUUCAUCCACUACGCGACUAGGCUUCAAGAAGGGUAAAGGCCCUCAAAGAAUAUGUAAAGUCGUGGACUCGCCUUGUUUACCCGAAGCUGAGUGUGUCUUUGCCAUCUACGAAGACGGUGUUGGUGACCCCAGAGAAGAAGACGAGUAG